AUGAGCGAGACAGAAGUCAUUUAUCCGGCAGCAUCAACCCCAGACAUCAACCAUAUCUCUAAUGGCGUAUCUAAUGGCGUAUCGAAUCAUGAACGAGCUGUUCCUCAACUGCCGAGAGAAAUACGCGCUGUAAGGGACGCAAAUGCUUACAAGCACCAUGGCCGGAACAUCAUCGUGUGCCUUGACGGCACUGGCGACAAAUUCGACUCCGACAACAGUAACAUCGUACAUUUCGUGAGCUGCCUUAAGAAAUCGGACCCUUCCCAAUCGAUUUACUAUCAAUCCGGAAUCGGAACCUACGAUGGCGGAGGUCUCUCCAACGGCAUCAACGCCGGUCUCGACAUGGCCGUGGGAAGUGGUCUGGGUGUCCAUAUCCGAGACGCCUACAAAUACCUCAUGCAGACUUUCAAAGAAGGAGACAAGAUCAGUCUGUUUGGAUUCAGCAGGGGGGCGUACACAGCAAGGUGUUUGGCGGGGAUGGUUCACAAAGUCGGGCUCUUGCCAGCGCACAAUUCGGCACAAGUACCGUUCGCAUACGAGUACUACAAGGAUGAUUCCGACGAAGGGUGGAAGAUGAGUGCCGACUUCAAGAAGACUUUCUGCGUGACGGUGAGCAUUCACUUCAUCGGUGUGUUCGACAGUGUGGGCAGUAUCGGGUUCAUCCCUCGCAAGCUGCCACUAAGUAGCACGCCAACAUGCCGCGCCUCGCACUUCCGCCAUGCAAUGGCUUUGGACGAGCGUCGCGCGAAAUUCAAAGUCAGUCGAUACAGGCAAAGAGACUACACCGGCUGGAAGGUGUUAGCCGAGGACAACGAGAAGGAUUUCGAGCAAGAUGCCCGCACAGACGUGCUAGAAGUAUGGUUCGCAGGAUGCCAUGCUGAUGUUGGUGGAGGCGCUGUAAAGAACGAAGUCCGCCAUAAACUCUCACAGAUCCCACUCCGCUGGAUGAUACGACAAUGCUUCGACUGCGAUACUGGGAUAAUUUUCAAGGCACCACGGCUUGCGGAAGAAGGGCUCGAUGUUCAUACUCUCUGGCCGCAGUAUUCACAACUCCCUAAACCUAGCGGUGCGCCUCCUCACAAAGACUUAUUGGAGAGGAAAGCGAACGGCGGGCUGGGCGCGAUCAUCAGGCGCGCUUCUGUUCUGGAACCUGUCAAGCACGAUGAGCCGAUGGGCAUGCACCAUGUGAAACUCUACGAGGACCACGAGAAGCGGAAGUUGUCGAGUGAUUGGAUUCCGGAGCAGGUUGAGGAUUAUUUCGACUCAAUGGAGAAAAUUAAUGAUCAGCUUGUUGAUGCAAAGGGUUGGUGGGUCCUGGAGUUGUGGCCUGUGAAGGUUAGACUGCAGCCGAAAAACUCGGAUGGAUGGAUUAAGAAGGUCAGGUGUAAUAUGGGGAGGUAUCGUGUUUGUCAGGAGCAUGAUCCGAAGGUACAUUGGACUGUGCAGCAGCGUAUUGAGGAGAAGAUUGGGGUGAAUAAGAUUAGGGCUGAUCGGAGGUCUGUGUGGGAGGUUGUGGUGUGA